AUCAGUAAAACCACUUCAUGGUAAAAACAAUCCCACGUGCGUUUAUCAGCUGUUCGUCGAUGGAAAAUUGAAAACCCGAUGCAAUUCAUGCAAACAAAACGUCUGAAAUCUAAAUCUGAAUAUCUGUUUUCAAAUACCUUCCAUUCCCAGUUACCCACAUAUAUUUUGUCAGAAGCUUCUGUAAAUUUCUUCGGUUAAUUGCUUUAAAACACCGAAAAUGUCGAUUUCAAUGAAGAAAAGAAAGCUGCAUGAAGAUGAAGAAGAUUCAAGACCAACUAAAAUUGUUUCUACCAGCAGUAGUAACAAUAACAAACAAAUAAUUUACAUUCUCCCUGAUUGUAUUGGACCCAGAAGACUUGAAAUUAUGGAGAAGUCUGUUAACAAAAUGGGCCUUACACUAUCAACCAGAAUGACAGCCAAUGUAACUCAUGUCUUAUCAGAACUUGAAACUAAAGAGGAUGUCUUGGAAAGCAAAGAAUUCUCAAUAUUCAAAUCCUGGAAAGGUUAUAUAUUGCAUGCCAAAUGGCUUGCUGAAUGUCUCAGAUGUCAUUCUUUGGUAUCAGAAACUGGGUUCCUGCUACCUUCCAUACCUUCUCAUGAAAAGAAAGCUGACGAUGUUGUCCCACAUGUAGAGAUUCCUUUGUACCCAAUUCCAGAAUUUGACUUGAAGACAUUUAAUGAAUGCAUCCCUGAAAGAAAAGCUAUCUUCGAUCACCAGAACAAAGAAAUAGCAGCAGCCCUUGAUUUACUAAGUGAAUAUUGGGAAACUUGUCAACAAACGAAAACUGACGAAAAUCGUGCUCUUGCUUUCGCACGAGCUGCCGCUGCCAUAAAAUGCUUACCCUUCAAGGCAACUAACUCACAACAGUUAAAAGGGAUUAAAGGUCUCGGAAAUGGUCAUGCGCUGCGAGUUGCAACCCAAAUUCUCGAAUCUGGAUAUUGUCCGGAAGUGGAAGAAAAGAGAAACGAUAAGAAAUUUCUCUCACUCCAGAUAUUUUGUAAAGUCUACGGAGUUGGCCCAUCUAUUGCUGAGAAAUGGUAUGGCCAGGGUCUACGCACGGUUGAAGACGUAAAGAAACUUGAUCAACACGACAUUGCCAAUAACGACAUGAUAGCACACGGAGUGGCUUUCUACGACGAUUUGAAUCGACCGCUGUUGCGGGCGGAGGCCGAAAAUACGUACAAAUACAUCACAGAUUUAGCAAAGCUCAUCCUGCCGUCUGUCGUGACUAGCAUGAACGGAGGAUUUCUCCGCGGGAAAUCUUCUGGUCACGAUCUGGAUGUGCUAUUUUCGUAUCCGGAGCGCGAGGAUGGCGAUUACGGUUUAAUUGCAGCCGUUCUAGACGAAUUGAACAAGAAAGGUCUGGUCGUUUGGUCACGAGCCACGCACACAGACGGGCCACGGAAAGUUAUCGAAAUUAAUUCCAGCCCACUUUCCUCUGGUUCGACAAACGAACAUUUGCCGUUGACGAUGAUCAUUUUUAAGUACCCGCUUGACGAUCGAUUCGAUGAAUUCGAACGGCGCGACUUUUCUGGUGAGAGAAAUUUAGGACCUUUCCAGUUGGCGAAUUCGAACCGCCAAUGGCGCGCUAUACGAGUGGAUCUAGUCGGGUCAACGAAUGCGCAGUAUCCCUAUGCUCAGGUCGGCUGGACGGGCAGUAAACAGUACAACCGCAGUCUUCGGCAGUACGCCAAGGAUAGCCUCAACUACUCUUUGAGCAGCAUGGGCCUGCACGACAAUGGCCAGAACCGCUGGAUAGCAGCUCAAACAGAGCAAGACGUCUUCCAUCAUCUCAAAUUGACUUAUCGAGAACCAUGGGAGCGCAAUUUUUAAAUUGACCGACCACCUCCUCCCGUUUAUUUUGUCGGCCUACAAAAAAAAGGACGCGCCGACGAGCCUAAAAACAAAAAAAAAAAUUUCUCUCAUUUUCAAUUUCCCCCGUUAAAAAAAAAAAAAAACAAAAUUUACAACAUUUUCGAAAAUGUUGUUAUCGCCACUGACCUCAUUUUCGCUCCCCGACACGCGGCAACGGCAUAUAGUCGUACGGUAGUUUUGCAUGAGCGUCUAGAGGGGGACAGAGAUAGAACGCGUCUUCAAGCCUCAUUCCACCACUAUACCGCCAUCGUUUUAGAUCGGGGCAUCGAGCGUUAGCUCGUUAUUAUUUUUUUUUUCUUCCUUUUCUUCUCUCAAUUCAGACCGUGAAAGCUGGGUCUGCUCGAAAAAAAAAAAGAAUUCCAAAUGGCCUCAAGAUGCGAUGGCUUUCUCCCCGUUUCGAUCCAACUCGCUAUCGUCCAAUUAUUGCUUUAUGCGUGCGCACUUGCGCUGUCUAGUUCCCAAAGUGGGAUUUUUUUUUCUACCGGCGACAUCGUGUGUUUCAACAUUUCAUUAGCCAACACACAACCGAACGGCGACUGCUGUUUUGUUGUUGUUGCGUUAAAAACUUCCUCAAUUGAACCCCCACUCCUUUUCUCUUUCCCGUUGGUCUUUUAACUGUUCCAUUCUACCUUGUUAUUAUCAUCUACUUCCCCGGUAUCUAUACCUUCUUUUUUUCUUUUUGCGGGCUUAUUAUAAAAGAAACAUUUAAAAACUUCUCUCUUUUUUUUCCACGUGAGAUUGUUCCGUGACUAACGACAGGGGGUUACAAAAUGGGAGGGGUUCGCGAAAUAAGUACAGUUGCAAUUUUUAUAAGUUUGGCUGUGUUAAAACUUCGGCGUCGGGCUCCUUCACGCUCCAACGGUUUAUGCAGAACGUGACUGCCCCGAACACGGUAGGGCACUUGAAGGGCAACAACAUGUUUGGUUUCCGGGGGGGUUUAAAAAAAAAUACCAAAAAUAAUAAUUAUUUUGAAUUUCGCGCGGUUUUCUCAAGCUUUAACCGUGACCUUUAUGUAGAACGCACCUCGACUUUUGAUGAUGAACGCCAAAUGCGGGAAUUAAGAUUGGCUUCAAAAGAGAGAAAGAAGAGAUGACGUGAGCCAUUCACGGUGAGACUUGAUAGUUUUGAUUGCGGGGAUUAUUUGUGUUUGCUUUGAUGGAAAAUCUUGAGAAUGAUAAACGACGUGGUUAACGUGAAUCGUUGUCGUUGAAUUAGAAUUAAGAGCUCGUGAGAAAAGAAUCGAGAACAAGUCGGGAAUAGGAUGAACAUGUUACAGUCGCGACCUGGCAUGGUUUUUAAUGUUCUUAAGCGCAUUUAGUACGUCCUUUUGUUCGAACAAAGUUUUUUUAGUUUUCCGUGGCUAAAGGGGGGAAAAAAUGUGUGCCGUCACCGUUCCGUCUCGACCCUUCAAGUUCUUACGUAAUUUCAUGUAUUAUUGUUGAGCGGUUGCUCAUUGUCUCUUAUCCCCGUUCGUUUUCCUACCUCGGCCAAGAAAAUCCAAAAUCGACUGGAUCGUAAACAUGUUCGUUUUCUUCUUUUUUCUCUUCUUGGCUUCUUCUUUAUGCAUGAAGAAUUAUUUAUAGGGAUUAUUUACCUCGUUCUGAUUCAGAUACCCAGAAGAAAGAAAGAAGAAGACGAUUUCUAUUUCACGUGUAUAUAUACGUUUUUUUAUUUCUUUACUGUCCCGUCCCCUCGCAGAGUGGGAGGCGGGCGGGGUGGUGGACCGGGAGAAUAGUGUUUUUUUUUUUAAUACCUCGCGCGGGACGACACAGAUCCUAAAUUUGCCUCGCCUUAUCUUAUUUUUUUUCAUUUCUGACUUGGCCAAAUAAUUAAAAAAGAAAAUUGAGUAUUAUCGAACCAGUUUUUGUUUUUUGAUAAUUUACUAAUAAACCAGACAUUCUCAUC